CUGACGCCUGGUGCGUGCGUACACCACGUGGACCGAGUCUGACACGGCGUCAUGGUCUCAGUCCUUCCUACCGGCAUACUUACGGUAUCAGCGUCGAAGGUACUUCUUGCAUCUCAUCCAAAAUGGAACCUAUAGCGAUGUCGGCCCUAAGGAUCGCGGCACUACUGGUGCUGCUGUGCGCAGCUGCGCCGCCGUCGGAAGUGCUCGGAGGAGCCUCCAACUCCAGCGUGGUUUUCCCCGGCGCUGCGCCCGAGGAGGCCGCCGUCCAGGCCGAGGGGCGCAGCCUGGGCGUGGCGGAGGGCAAGAACGUGCUGCUGGACUGGAUCGGACUGGGCACGGGCCCCGACACGGACCCCUACCUGGCGCGCGCCAACGCCGCCUGCCUCAACGGCGACCUGGCCGAGUGCUUCAAGUCGCGCGCCCUCAACUCGCUCGACUUCCUCGAACUGCCCGCCUACCCGCUCACCGAGAACGCGCGCAUCGUGCGCAUGGCUGAAACGCACCUGCGCAGCCUGCAGCACGAGCCCUACGAGUUCUCUUCCGCCCCCAGGGCAGACGAGUCCGAGUGGGACCAGCUCGUCAAGUUCGCCCUGCGCAAGGUGGAAAAAUUUCUGAAAUCGACUGCCAUCGAAGUGCAGUUUCCGAACGAAGUGACUGAAAAUGGUCGCUAUUCGCCUCGCUUUAUCGACGAGAUUGCUUCAGAGCUCGACAUAAUCGAGGACAAGAAGCGCACGCCUUUCUCCCGCAAGCGUCUGAAGAAGCUGUUCAUCCCUCUGCUGAUCAUCCUGAAGCUGUUCAAGCUGAAGCUGCUGCUCUUCCUGCCGCUCAUCCUGGGCCUGGCCUCCUUCAAGAAGCUGCUCGGCUUCCUGGCCAUCGUCAUCCCGGGGCUCAUCGGGUUCUUCAAGUUCUGCAAGCCCAACCUCACUCAGGGCUUCGGGGGCGGCUACGGUCAGAGCCCCUACUACCAGACCCGGCCGCACCCCUACGUGCCGCACCCGUCGCCGCCUCUGCAUCACAGCGGGGGCGACUCUUACUACGGCGUGCCGUACUCGCGGGAUUCUGAGCCACAGACCAGCUCUUCUGUCUCCUUCCACGAACCGAGCUCCGACUACAGCAGCGCUCACGACCUCGCCUACCAGGGCUACAGCCACUACAGGAGCGCUGGAGGUGCCAGCGACGAAGACGCGAAUUCUGCCAAUUCGUGAUAUACAGAUGGCCUGAAGAGGAUCGUGCGGUCAUCACUACGAUGUGUCCCGUUUCCGAGGAAUGAAUUCGCCACUGAAACGUUUUCGAUUAGUGGUGCUUGUCCCUUAGUAGCAACCAUGUUGCGAUGACAAAGCAGGGCGCUGCUUGUGUAAAUAUACAUAUUCAUUCAUCAGUAACUGCUUUACCAUCAUCAACAUUCAUUCGUAUUUCUUUAAUAUAAUUUAAUGUAUUCAUAAAUGUUUGUAUGUUAUGUGUAAAAUAAAACGUAUUUUUUAUA